UCUCUCUCUCUCUCUCUAUCUCGCAAAUAUCGUCCUCUACUUUAAGGAGAAUAUGCAAACCCAGCUGGUUGCCCCCGAUAUCUGACUUUCCUCCCAUCCACCAUGGGACACCACACUCGUCGUGAGUCCCUUUCGGCUCCUCACGUCGCUUCACGCCCUGAUCACUUCCAUGAGGCCUUCAUGGCAGACCUCUUAUGGCCCUUUGGAAAGCUCGAAGGUAUUGAACGUGACGACGUUAGAGAAACAGCCUAUGAAAUAUUCUUCACGGCGUGCAGGUCGUCUCCUGGCUUCGGUGGUCGCAAUGCCCUCACUUUUUACUCAUCAUCCAAUUCCCAUAAUGAACAUGGUGGGGAGGGUUCGUUGUUGCCGCCAUCCUCGGGGACUAAUAAGCCUGGUGGGGAGCGUGUGGUGACGACCCCCACGAGUCGGGUGAAGAGGACAUUGGGUUUGAAGAUGUUGAAGCGGUCGCCUCAAAGAAGGAUGUCAACUGGUGCCGGGGCAGGUGGUGCAGCUCCUGCUCCUCCUCCGUCUUCCGGUGGUCAUGGUGGACACACUUCUAACUCUAGUAGUCCUGGGUAUUCAUACACCGUGCCGCAACCGGUUAGGCCAAGGCGGCCGAUGACUUCCGCCGAGAUCAUGAGGCAGCAGAUGCGAGUGACAGAGCAGAGCGAUAACAGGCUCAGAAAGACCCUUAUGAGGACCCUCGUUGGCCAGAUGGGUCGGCGAGCAGAGACGAUAAUACUUCCGUUAGAGCUCCUCCGCCACCUAAAGCCAUCCGAAUUCAAUGACUCCCAUGAGUACCAUCAAUGGCAAAGGCGUCAGUUUAAAAUCAUGGAGGCAGGGCUUCUUCUCCACCCUUCAAUCCCCUUAGACAAAUCAAACACCUUCGCUAUGCGUCUGAGGGACAUUAUCCGAAUUAGCGAGACAAAAGCAAUAGACACUGGCAAGAAUUCCGACACCAUGAGAACGCUUUGCAAUUCCGUAGUAUCCUUGUCAUGGCAAAGCUCCAAUGGAGUUCCCACAGAUAUUUGCCAUUGGGCUGAUGGGUACCCUCUCAACAUCCACCUCUACGUCGCUCUUCUUCAAUCAGUAUUUGAUAUCAGGGAUGAAACUUUAGUCCUUGACGAGGUUGAUGAACUUCUAGAGCUAAUGAAGAAAACGUGGUCAACAUUGGGAAUCACACGGCCUAUACACAAUUUGUGUUUCACUUGGGUGCUCUUUCAGCAAUACGUCGUGACUGCACAGAUAGAACCAGACCUUCUUUGUGCUUCGCAUGCUAUGUUGACAGAAGUGGCAAAUGAUGCCAAGAGACCAGACCGAGAGGUUACAUAUGUAAAUAUCCUGUCUUCAGUAUUGACCUCAAUGCAGGGAUGGGCAGAGAAGAGAUUGCUUAAUUACCAUGACUAUUUCCAGAGGGGAAAUGCUGGCCAAAUUGAAAACCUUCUUCCUUUGGUGUUAUCGGCCAAAAGGAUUUUAGGCCAUGAUUUUACAAUCACUGAAGGGGCUGGGGAAGAGGAACGAGAAAUAACCUUAGUGGACUCAUCUGGAGAUCGUGUGGACUUCUACAUUCGAUCAUCUGUGAAAAACGCAUUGACCAAGAUAAUUGAAAGUGGGAAUGUCAAAAGUGAUACUGCUGAAGUGAAACAAGAGGCAAGUGAAGCUUUGCUUCAAUUGGCUAAGGAAACCGAAGAUUUGGCAUUGAAAGAGAGGGAAAUCUUUAGUCCCAUACUCAAGAAAUGGCACCCAACUGCAGCUGCAGUCGCCGCUGUCACGCUACAUAACUGUUACGGAGCUGUGUUGAAAAAAUAUUUAGGGACAGUGUUCAUGCUCACAGCUGAGACAGUUGACGUACUGCAGAGGGCUGGAAAGCUGGAAAAGCUUUUGGUCCAAAUGGUAGUUGAAGACUCUGCUGAGUGUGAGGAUGGAGGCAAAGCAAUUGUACGAGAUAUGAUUCUAUAUGAAGUUGAAUCAGUCAUAUUGAACCUCUUGCAAAAAUGGAUAAACGAAAGGUUGGAGAAAGGGAAAGAGUGUUUCCAAAGAGGGAAAGAAACUGAAACAUGGAAUCCAAAGUCCAAAUCAGAGCCCUAUGCACAAUCAGUCGUAGAGCUAAUGAAAUUAGCUAAGGAAACUGUGGAUGACUUCUUUGAAAUCCCAACAGGGAUUACAGAAGAUUUAGUUCUAGAUCUUGUUGAUGGUUUAGAGGUUCUCUUCCAAGACUAUGCUUCAUUUGUUGCAUCGUGUGGUACAAAACAGAGCUAUAUCCCCACACUUCCUCCACUGACCAGAUGCAAUCGAGACUCAAAGUUCAUCAAGUUGUGGAAAAAAGCUAGUCCAUGCAGUGUUGGUGCAGCAGAUCAGUUGCACCAAAAUAUAGCAAAUGAAGGUCACCAUCCUCGCCCAUCAACGAGCCGAGGAACACAACGCCUCUAUAUCCGCCUCAACACGCUGCAUUAUCUUCAUUCCCACCUCCAUUCACUUGACAAAGCCCUCUCCAUCCCCCCUCGAACGCAUCCUUCAACCCGCAAUCGAUUCAACAACAACCGGAGGGCCAAUAGCACUACGGCCUCAUACUUUGAACUUGUAAGCACAUUCAUCCAAGCAGCCUGGCAAAAUGUCUCAGAAGUAGCUGCUUACCGCCUCAUCUUCCUUGACUCAAACUCUGUCUUCUAUGAUAGUCUUUAUGUGGACGAUGUAGCCAAUGCACGGAUUAGACCAGCAUUGAGAAUUCUCAAGCAGAACCUCACUCUCAUGACUGGAAUUCUCACGGAUAGAGCCCAAGCCCUGGCAAUAAAAGAAGUCAUGAAGGCCUCGUUUGAGGCAUUCCUUAUGGUUUUGCUUGCCGGGGGAAGUUCCCGGGUGUUUUAUCGGUCUGAUCACGAGAUGAUUGAGGAGGAUUUCGAAAGCCUGAAGCGGGUUUUUUGCACUUGCGGAGAAGGAUUGAUAGCUGAGGAAGUGGUGGAGAGGGAGGCCGAGGUAGUGGAAGGAAUAAUAGCAUUAAUGGGUCAGAUUACAGAGCAACUCGUUGAAGAUUUCAGCAUUGUGACCUGUGAAAAAAGUGGAAUUGGACUAAUGGGUUCAGGGCAAAAGCUACCAAUGCCUCCUACUACAGGAAGGUGGAAUAGAUCAGAUCCGAAUACAAUACUAAGGGUGUUGUGUCACAGAAAUGAUACAGCCUCCAAUCAAUUCUUGAAGAGGACAUUCCAAUUAGCAAAGAGGAGAUAA